GUUUCAGCGUUGUCCAGGUACUGUUCAAUCGCUUGUGAGUUUCGGUCGAUGAUGCAAGUGGAUGGUCUGUUUCCGCUAAAACUUCGUUUUUUAGUUGUUUUAGAGUACACUUCCUACAUUAUAUUCUUAUGAUAGAUAGUCAGUUGGAUUGUCACGUGGAUUGAGUGACCUUUUCGAACAUCGACUUUUAAAACCGAAUACUUUUGUUGUGAAAAAAUGAUAAACUUGCAGUAUAUUUUACAAUGUGAAAAGUUUAUCGUUCCGUGUGAAUAAUAUUCAUUGAUAUUCUUGAUAACAAACAAACCCUGAUCAUCUGAAAAAUUAAUUUCAUUGUUUGGAAGGAAAUUCAAAGGCAUCCCAAUGAAGUCUAAUAAGCAUGGAACAUCCUGAGCCUUCUGAUGAAAGCCCAUCGGAGUUGAGACCAUGCGGAAUAUGUGGAAGGACUUUCCGCCCUGAUGCCUUGGUACGACAUCAGAAAGUCUGCGAGAAAAACGCGGCAAAGAAACGCAAAGUAUUCGAUUCUUCCAAACAACGAGCACUUGAAGAUGCACCACCACCAGCACCUAAAGCAGCAGCGAAACCGACAAAGCAAGUUGCUGCGAAGGCAAAGGCUGCCGAAGCUAAGACUAAUCAAAAAAAGAAUACUUGGAGGGAGAAGCAUGAAGAAUUGAUAGAUACCAUAAAGAAAGCUCGGGGGAAGCCUGAAGAUAACCCCCCACCCGGAAAAGAAAACCGUAAAAAAGUACCAUCAGAUUACGUUCAGUGCCCAUCUUGUCAAAGGCAUUUCAAUCAGCGGGCUGCUGAACGUCAUAUUCCUUGGUGCAAAGAAAAGAAAGCUCUAACUCCAAAAUCAGCAGAGACGACGGAUGAAGCCAAACAAAAACUUAUAGCUAGAGUAAAAUACCGUCCACCACAAGGAAAAUCGAGAGUCUUAAACAGAAAAACAAAAACAGCAGAAUCUAAUCAUAUUUCCAACACCAAACAAAAAACCCCUCCAGAGAGGGAAAAACAGCCACGUUCUUCACCACCUGUACUAGACAACAGGCGAUCUCGAAAUAGUAGUCUUGAUCGAGCGAACAAUAAUGUGGCAUAUUCGAAUGUGAAGCACAGGAGCGGAAGUAGAAGUAGAGAAAAAGAGCAACUGCUUUCACCGGAGCUUCCUCAACAUAUCAUUAAAUUCAAAGAGAGAUUUCCAAACCACAACAAUAAAAGGAAUGUGGAUCUGGAAGAAUCUUUCACUUCUGAACAGUUACGUGAACUACUCAGUUGUAGCAGAAUAACUGAUAGAAUUCCGAGAACUGUACCAGGAGUCAGAUUGACUGGUGGACAUCAGUACGAGAAAAAUCAUAAUGAUAAUUGGAAUUCCAGAAGCACAGAUGUCAGCAGAUCUGCAUCCAGCAGUGGUGGUUCAUCCAAUAGCUGGAAUAAGAGACCUACUCUUCCAGAAGUGUCAAGCAGCGAGCUGCCUGGGACUUGGAUGGGUAAAAUGUGCUGGAAUGGGGAUCUGGACCAAUCAAUGAACUCUAAUGGAAGCAGUAGUGGUAGCAGUAACGGUUCUCUUCCACCCUUGAGUAGGGAAAGUAACGAUGACACACCAUUGAAUUUCUAUUGCCAUCAGUGCAAUAGUAAAUUCCCCCUUAUUGGAGCUAAAUACUGUUGUGAAUGUGGUGCGAAGAGGAGAGGGCUCUGCAUAAACCAAACAGGAUAGAACUCCUUAAACUAAUGUGUUUGCGAACCAAAUGUGUCAAACUGAGAGGUUAAGUUUUGUAACAUGUGACUUAAACAGUGUGAGCUCGUUGGAUUUUACGACAAAGAAAUGGAACAAACUAUGUGAAAGAUAUUUAGUUGCUACAAAAUGUAAAGACAUACUUCAGAAAAUGUGUAUAAAGAAGUCGAAAGCAAAACUGAAACAACUAGUUCGAAACUAUGAACAGUUUUAACUAUACUAUUUAGUUCCUUGAUGAAAGAAAUAUUACAUAUAUCACUAGUAAAUGCAGCUAUUUCAUGCAAACUUUUGAAGCAUGUUCUCCUGACAAUGAUUUAAUAAAUAAGACGGUGCAUAUCAAACCCAAGUCCACACUAAAUGAUUUUGAGAUUAUCUGGGUAAAAAAUUGAUUUUAACGCUUAAAGAACAUGCCUUAUAGAUUAUUUCAGUAGCUUUAAAAAUUAUACUGCUGGGAAACUUUUAAAAUUAUAGUUUUUUUUUACACUGACAUAAAAUUAUUUGUCAAAAAAAGCAUUUUGUAAAAAAAUUAUAUGAGUCAAAAAUAUCUUUAAGAUAUUUCUGGCUCAUAUAAAUUUUCAUAAAUUUUCGCAUUUGUCACUAAUAGUGACAAAUGCGAAUGCGUAAAUAUAACUUUAUUCGAAUUCCUAAUAAAAAAAAAAACUUUUGUAAAAUUGCAUUUUCAAAUUGUUCCUCCUCCUUGGAGACAACUGACAAAAGAAUUAAGUAGAUAAACUACUAUGGGGUAGAUAUGUAAGGUACAUCCCAGAAAAAAUCUCCAAGCAUAAUUAAUUUUUUGUGUACUUUCAAAGUUUGAUAUGCACUUUUAAAGUUUUUGUCAUAAAAAUUAGAUAAUUAUGUGACCUAUAAUUAUGUUAUCUAAACUAAAAAAUAACCUGAACUGAAAGAAGUCUUAAUCUAAAUUAAAACAUGAUUGAACUGUAAUUGAAACUAAUUUGUUUAUUAUUGAAACUAAUAUCAUAUCCAUUUAUAGUUUUAAAUUGUACAUUUAUCUUGAAGUUGAAUA